AUGCUGCGUCAGGCACUUCGCAGGUUUGGUCAAAAGCUGGUAAGCAGACGUCAACUGGAGAAAGAAGUGUAUGAGUUUGAAACUGACAAAAAACUAAGGACUCUGGAUUUAGUGGCCCUGGGUGUGGGCAAUACAGUGCGUGUUGGUAUGUACUUCCUGGCUAAUGAGGUGGCCAGGAAUCAAGCAGGACCAUCCAUUGUGAUCUGCAUUUUGGUGGCAGGUUUAACAUCACUGUUGCCUGGGCUGUGCUAUGCGGAGUUUAGUGUCCGGAUUCCCCAUUCUGGCUCUGCAUAUCUCUACAGCUACAUCACUGUAGGUGAACUCUGGGCUUUCAUCACUGGCUGGAAUUUCAUCCUCUCCUUUAUUGCUCAUGCAUUCAUUGUGGCCCAGGUCUGGAUCUUAACUUUUGACAUCUUCGUUGGGAACCGGAUCUCUGAGACCCAGCAAGAGACCAUCUCACAGUAUGUUCCCCAAGUCAUUGCAGAAAAUCUACGCUACUUUUUUGUCAUCUUUCUGGUUUUGUUCAUGGAACUGCAAUCUAUGAGUUGGAGUGGGUUCGUCAUAAUUUUCAAAGUGUUCACAUUGGUGAAGGUUUUGGUUCUCAGCUUUUUCAUCAUCUCAGGCUUCAUUAAGGGAGAUCUGCACAACUGGAAACUUACAGAAGAGAACUACAUACAUGCUGGAUUCAAUGGCACCUCUAGCUUGGGCCCUCUGGGCUCUGGAGGAUUUGUCCCUUUUGGCUUUGUGGGCAUUCUCCGUGGAUCAGCUACCUGUUUCUAUGCAUUUACAGGUUUUGGCAUUAUUGUUACCAGAGUCAAAGGAUCACACAAUCCCCAGCGUUCCAUACCCAUGGGCAUUGUGAUUUCACAGCUCAUCUGCUUCUUGCUGUAUUUUGGUAUCUCUGUGGCACUUACACUCAUGGUUCCUUAUUACCAGCUUCAACCUGGGAGCACCUUGCCUGAGGCAUUUCUCCAUAUUGGCUGGGUCCCUGCCUAUUAUGUUGUAGCUUUUGCAAUUUUCUGUAGUAUUCUUGACGACACCUAUUUGGGCUUUAUAUUCCCAAUAUAUUGGAUGAUACGCAUGAUGGCAGAGGACAACAUCUUGUUCCCUUUUCUUGCCAGGAUCCAUACUGGCACAUAUGCCCGUAUCAUAUCCACUGUGAUCUUUGGCAUUAUUGCGACAAUCAUGGUAUUCUACUUUGGACUCACUAAUCUUCUGGACUUCAGGUCAUUUGGGGCCUUGAUAUCUUAUUCGCUGGUAGCUCUUUGUGUUCUUAUCAUCAGGUAUCAGCCUGAGAGGAGGAAGGAGGAAAAUCAACCAGAAGUGCAGGAAGAGAAUGGGCAAACUGAAACAAAAAAGCUGACUCUCAGAAGACUAUUUUUUCCAGGCAGCUCCACCCCCACUCCACUCUCUGGCCAGAUUGUCUAUGUUUGCUCCUCACUGCUUGUUCUGCUGCUGAUUCUCCUCUGCCUGGUGCUGGCCCACUGGCCAAGUCUGCUUUCUGGAGACCCAGUGCCGGUUACCAUGGUUGUGCUGCUCCUGGUGCUCAUCACUGGGAUCACUGGGGUCAUCUGGAGACAGCCACAGAGCUCCACUCGCCUUCAAUUUAAGGUCCCUGCUGUGCCUCUCCUCCCACUCUUGAGCAUCUUUGUGAAUGUUUGCCUUAUGAUGCAGAUGUCAGCUGUCACCUGGGCCUGGUUUGGUGUCUGGAUGCUGAUUGGGUUUGCUCUCUACUUUGGCUAUGGGAUCCAGCAAAGCCUGGUUACUUGAUCCCACUUAAAGGCCCAAACUGUAGGCUCAACAGUGAACUCAGAAGUACCAGUACAUAUUUGGCUUGACAUCAUCACCGGUGAAUGCAGACUGG